AUGCCGCCCGAUAUUUUAACUAUCAAGGAUUCGACCAGAGGGUAUUUUGACUACAGAGUAAAUGAUCAAGGGAGUUCUGUUUUUGUGUGGAUGGACAGUAAACCUGUUUACCUUGCUUCAAACUGCCAUGGGAAUGAAGAAACAAAAGUGAAGCGAGUCGUGAAGAAAGAUGGGACAAGAGCUGAGGUUCCUUGCCCUACUGUGGUAUUUGACUAUAAUAAAGGAAUGGGAGGUGUAGACCUUGCUGACAGGUACCGUGCGUUAUACUGUGUAGACAGAAAAUCUCGAAAGUGGUGGCACCGAUUGUUUUUUUGGAUGUUAGACAUAGCAUUUGUUAACGCCUUUGUUAUCUAUUGCCAGCUUUUUGAAAAAGUCUCUGUGUUAGAAUUCCGACGAAGUCUCAGUUUGGGCCUCCUGACAUACAGCCCCAAUAACAGAGGUGGAUCUAAACGUAACAGUGCAGGUAGCCCAAGACAACAAACUGCAGCUGCCCCGAAGAAAAGGAAAACCUUGGAAUACUCAGUGUCCAAAGAAGUUCGCUUGGGAAACCGAGGCAUUCACUGGCCUAAGUUUUAUGAUACGAGAGGACGCUGCGAGGUUUGCUCCAAGGAAAAGAUAGAAUCCAGGCCUUACAGCAAGUGCGACCACUGCAAUGUUUUCUUGUGCUGCAAUGACAAAAAGAACUGUUUUUUCCGCUAUCACCAUGACCAAUAG